AACUCCCUCCUUUCUCCUCCGAGUCUCCGGUCGGCAGCUUCCUCCCUUUUCACCUGGCCGCGCAGAGCAUCCAGAGCCGGACAGGAUAGGACAGGAGAGACGCACUGCAGCAAGAAGCCGAGAGGAAGCUGACGGAAAACAGAGUUCCAGCCAAGAAGUGUGUCCAUCCUGCAUCAGCUGGAAAUGCUGCUCAGAAGGUCCCGACAUGUCCACAUUCUUCCACUUCUUUUCAGUCUCACUCUGGCUUUUCCCACCCAAACUCCAUCUUCAUAUGAUGAGGUGCGGCAGCUCCAGGUGAACAUCCCCCACUCAGGUGUGGUUUCCGCCCCACUGGGCAGCUCCAUCUCCAUCCCCUGCCUGGUGUCUCUGUCCUCCAGCGCCUCGUCCUCCUCGUCCCCUCCCGUGGUCCCUCGGGUUAAGUGGACGGUGGUGUCCGGUGGGGUGGAGACGCAGAUCCUGGUGGCUCGAGGUCAGAGGGUGAAGGUCAACGAGCUGUACCGAGACCGAGCGGCGCUGCUCAACUACACGUCGAUCCCCGACGACCUGUCGCUGUGGCUGGGAGAUCUGCGCUCCAGCGACUCGGGUCACUAUCGCUGCGAGGUGCAGCAGGGCCUGGAGGACGCCAGCGACCUCGCACAGCUCAAAGUCAAAGGUGUCGUGUUCCACUACAGAGACGCUCUGGGUCGGUACGCCUUCUCCUUCCAUCAGGCCCGGAGAGCUUGUGUAGCCAUCGGGGCUCAAAUCGCGACUCCUGACCAGCUGCUGGCGUCUUAUUACGACGGAUACGAACAGUGUGACGCCGGCUGGCUGGCAGAUCAGUCCGUCAGGUAUCCAAUCCAGGUGCCCCGUGAAGGUUGCUAUGGAGACAUGGACGGGCAGCCAGGAGUGAGAAACUACGGGACGAUGGAUCCGGAUGAUCUGUUUGACGUUUACUGUUAUGUGGAACAAAUUGAUGGGGAGGUGUUCCACGACUUCAUCCCUCAGCAGAUCUCGUUCAGUGAAGCUCAGUCGUACUGCAGAGCAGCAGGAGCAGAACUGGCUACGACAGCUCAGCUGUACUUGGCCUGGAGUGAAGGACUGGACCGAUGCAGCCCCGGAUGGCUGUCUGACGGCAGCGUGCGCUACCCCAUAAUAACCCCUAGAGAGCGCUGUGGAGGGGUCCAGGCAGGCGUGAAAACCAUCUACCGCUUCAGCAACCAGACGGGUUUCCCAGAACCGACCAGCCUGCAUGACGUUUACUGUUUCAAAGAAAACAGAAAUGCUUCCACCGACUCUCCGAUGGACUACAUGGCCACAGAAGAUGUCGGACAAAAUGUUGUUAUUCUGCUGGAGAAAGAUCAAGAGCUUCAAAUGAACCAACAAACAGAACACGUGGAGCGAGAGGCCCAGAGUGUGCUCGAAUCUUUGCCCUUUUUCUCUGUUCCAUCGCCUACUGAAGAAAACCUCGUCGACACUCAUCCAACGGUCACAUCAGACACGACAGAGUCUCCCAUCAACACCACGUCAAUGCUGGACGUCCUUCAGCCAUUCGGUGGAACUUUAUCUCCUACAGAACCGAGCCACGACUCAACUCUGAUGAACAGCACAGUCAGCAGCACAGACGUGAUGGAUUCCCACCAGAACUCCAGCUUCACCUUCCACCAGUUAGAGCUUGAAGGAACCACAGCAGAACCUCAGACGCAGAACCAGACGGUCCAAGACGCCAGCGAAGAUGAGAAAACGCUGCAAGCAGAGGAGCUGGAAGAAAUACAAGAAGCCGAGUUUAAUUUUAAUGCAUCGCGAGCCAAUUACAGUGAGACGGAGAGCAACCACACUCAGGAGGAGAGUUUCUGGGAGGUGACCUCUGACCCCGUGGUGCAGGUGAAGCUGGAGGAGGCAGCAGAAGAAGAAGAUGUGCAGAUAACGCUCACAACUCAGGCGUCAAAAGAAGAGGAAGAACCAACCCAAACUAUCAAAUCUACCAUCGAGGCAGUCACCUCACUGUGGGCCCACAUGGAUGGAUCUGGAGAUAUGCUUCAAGAGAGCGACCUUGAUGUGGCAGCAGUCAGCGUCAUGUCCACAACAGAUUCUUCCACCUCCAGCUUCACCACUCACCCGUCUCCUUCUGCCUCAGCUAGCAGCGUUUCUUCUGAACCUCGGACCACAUCUCCAGAUCCAACCCUCUCAACUGGGCCUCACCAUUCUGACAACUUGGGCAUUGAUGUCUUUUCCACGGCAUCCCAGCUGUGGGAGUCCAUUUCUAGACAGGAGGGAAGCACAAGCUUAGAAGCUGAAGACACGUUCACCUUGGAAAGCGAGGAAAAACAGCUGGACACAACAACAUCCACAGACCAGCUGGUUUCUGGCGUGAGUUUAGCUACAACUGAGUCUCCAGAGGUCUUGAACGCCUCUCGUUCUCCUUCCACCACGUCAGGAUAUCAUACGGCAGAUUACAGAGUGUAUUUGGAUACUGUGACCAGCGUUUACGAAGAGGCAAGUGGACAUGAACCUGGUACAGUUACUAGCACCCUUCGAGAAGAUAUUAAAUUUGCCCCAAAUGUGGAAGAAGAGAUUAAAGUUUCCCCAACUAUCGAAUGGGAAGCCAAUGGUUCCUUGAAUGGUUCGUUUCUUGUCCUUGAAGAAGAGGCAAAUGUGUCCUCAACGCUUGAAGAGGAAGCUGCUGCCCCAUCAGUUUCCCUUGAAGGAGAACUUGAUGUUGUUGAAACAGUUGAGGAAGAAGUUCAUGUUGCCCCAACCACUGAAGACAAAACCAAUGUUGCACCAAAACUGGAGGAGGAAGAAGGUAGUGUUCAGCCAAACCUCGAAAAGGAAAAUAAUGUGGCCCCAACACUUGGGGAAGAAGAUAAUGUUCCUCCAACUCUUCAGGAAGAAGAUAAUGUUGUCCCAACACUUGAGGAAGAAGAAAAUGUUCCUCCAACCCUUGAGGAAGAAGAUGAUGUUCCUCCAACCCUUGAGGAAGAAGAUAAUGUUGUCCCAACACUUGAGGAAGAAGAAAAUAUUCCUCCAACCCUUGAGGAAGAAAAUAAUGUUCCUCCAACUCUUAAGGAAGAAGACAACAUUGUCCCAAGCCUUGAGGAAGAAGCCAACGUUUCCGCAACUCUUGAGGAAGAAGCAAAUGUUCCUCCAGCUCUUGAGGCCUUCACCCUCUCACCUCUAAACUCUCAAACAUCUCUGUGGGCUCUGCUGUCCACCACAACUGGACCCCAAGAAUCUCUGAAUGAGCUCGAGUACAGCCGUGAAACGUCCUCCACAGCAGCUUCAGAUCCGUCCCCGAGAACCAGAUCAACUGCCGCCACCGUAAAGAUGACCACCACCACCACAUCCACCACCACGCACUGGUCCAGACGUACCUGGAGCCCGGCCACCACCACACCCAGAGUCCGCCACGAGAUCCCACCGGUGGAUCACGGUCUGCUGGAUGUUGAGAUGAGUCUCACCCAGCCGCCCACUCUGCUUAUCUUGCCCAAUGAGAGGGCAGCUGUGGGCGGUGCGGGGAAAGCUUCAGACGCCUGUGAGGACGACCCCUGUCUGAAUGGAGGCACAUGUACCGACCGAGGAGGGCAGAUUAAAUGUCUUUGUUUGCCAACAUAUGGAGGAGAUUUCUGUCAGAGGGACCUGGAGCGAUGUGAACCAGGCUGGGACAAGUUUCACGGUUUCUGCUAUCGACACUUCGGCCAGCGUCUGAGCUGGGAGGUUGCAGAGCAGCACUGUCGCAUGAUGGGAGCUCAUCUGGUGUCCAUCAUGACCCCCGAAGAACAGAGUUACAUCAACAGCAACUACAAAGAAUACCAGUGGACGGGUCUGAAUGAUAAAACCAUUGAGGAUGAUUUCCGGUGGUCUGAUGGCAAUCCACUGCUAUAUGAGAACUGGUACAGAGGGCAGCCAGACAGCUACUUCCUCUCUGGAGAAGACUGUGUGGUGAUGGUUUGGCACGAUGACGGCCGCUGGAGCGACGUUCCCUGCAACUAUCACCUUGCAUACACCUGCAAGAAGGGCACCACCUCUUGUGGUCCACCACCAAAGAUCCGAAACGCCUCCAUAUUCGGAAAAGCUCGACAGAGAUAUGAGACCAAUGCCAUCGUGCGUUAUCACUGUGCAGAUGGUUUCCAGCAAAGACUAAACCCUCUGAUCAGGUGUCUCUCUGGAGGCAUUUGGGAGAGGCCCCAGAUCCUGUGCUUCCCUGAGGCUGGAGGCCCAACGCAGCACCCCGAAGUGACGUCGCCGACCGAUGACAACUUUGCAGCAGCUGAAGACGACUUUGAGGCCACUAAAGAAACGCCACAGUACUGGGACAUCAAGUUUUAAAAGCCGGCCAUGCUUGUCUUGUCUUGUUUUCUUCAACUCUUACUGUAACAAAACACGGUGUAAAAAUAAAUCCAGUGCUUUUACCAAUGAACGCUCAAACAGGACAAAAUCAACCACAGAAGCAUAAAGACACAAACUGAAGCUUCCUAUCAGUCAACCAGAAUGAGACUGAGUGCACACACGGGGAGUCAAACAUUCCUACUUCUUGUCGUUUUUUAAUAUUUUCUACUGUUUUUUGGUUUUAAUGCAGUGAGUGAUAAAAUGUAGCUGAUUACAAAAAGAAAUGUGUGAACUCUAAAUCUACAUUAAUAACAGUUCUCUUUGUGGUUUUUGUUACAUCAAGAACCUUUUAACAAAAUGGUGCUAAAGUCUUCAAGACACUCUCAAAGUAUCCAGUAGAAAUGUCUGUUUUUAUUGUGACAUGUUUUGUCAAAGAAUCCCACAACUCCAAAGUCAACCUUAAACCGUCAGUCGGUACUGUACAUGUGUUAGUUUUCACUCCUGUGAUUGCUGUCCGCAUUUUUCUGAGAGGAACCUUUGUUUUCUGGCAGACACAGUUUUGUUCGUCAGCUUUAUGUUGUAAUAAAGUUUUGUAGAACAGAGCAAAGAAUAAAUCAUUCUCUUGUUUUACCCUUA